UUGGGCGUUCCAGAGUGACGCGGCGGGCCGCUUGCUGCUGCCGCUGCCGGAGGCGGAGCUACUCUCCGGGUCUACGACGAUCAUUACAAGGAUCAUGGUUUUCCACAUGUGUUUGCGCUCCAACCCACUGUUACGGAAAGCAAAUCUGGCUGUCAGGAGAGUAUGGAGGUCUUGGAAGAUAAGCCUGCACUCUUCUACACUUUGUGCAUCUCCUGGUCCAGGAUCUCCGGACAGUUCGGAAGAGCCGACGUCCGUGUCGACCGAAAAGCCUCUUCAUACGCCCGUCAUGCUUAAAGAGGUGCUUCAUUACUUAGACAUCCAACAAGGUCAGGUGGUCCUGGACAUGACAUUUGGAGGUGGUGGUCAUACCAAAGCAAUACUGAAUCUGGUUCCUGAAGUCACAGUCCUGGCCUUAGACCGAGAUCCUACAGCAGUUACUCUGGCCAAGCAGUUAGCCAAGGAACACUCUGGUCGUGUGAAACCAUUGCUUGGCCGAUUCAGUGAGCUUGAAGCCCUGCUGUCUAACAUAAACAUUAAGCCAGGCAGCAUUGAUGCUGUCCUGUUGGAUGCUGGCUGCUCCUCCAUGCAGAUGGAUCAGGCAGAGAGAGGCUUCUCCCUCAGCAAGGAUGGGCCUUUGGAUAUGAGAAUGGAUGGAGAGAGGUACCCCGACAUGCCCUGCGCUGCUGACGUUGUGAAUACCUUAGAUCAACAGGCUCUUGCAUCCAUCCUCACUGCAUAUGGGGAAGAAAGACACGCCAGGAAAAUAGCUUCAGCCAUUGUGGAGGCACGCCGUGUCAACCCCAUCACUCGGACGCAGCAGCUGGCCAGCGUGGUGGCAGGAUCAUUUCCUGCAGCUGUCCUCUACGCACGCAAAGACCGCCUCCAGCGACCUGCACAUGUGGCCACUAAGACUUUCCAAGCUCUGCGUGUUUUUGUGAAUGACGAGCUGAACGAACUACAUGCAGGCCUACGUGCUGCCCAGGCAGCACUGAGACCUGGAGGACGUCUCUGCGUAAUCACCUUUCAUUCGUUGGAAGACAGACUGGUCAAACGUUUCCUCCAGGGAGAUGACUUAUCUAAUCUAGAUCAGUAUCACUUCAGCCCAAGGAAACAAGGCACCAGGAAGGAUGGAAAAAGAGAGGGUGGAAGUGUUUAUUGGCUUCCUCUGAAGAGAAAAGUGAUCGUCCCAGAAAAGGACGAAGUAAAAGAGAAUCCUCGUGGACGCUCCGCUAAACUAAGGGCAGUGCUCAGACUGACAGAAUAAUUAUGAGAUGAGAAAUGUUUGAGCUUUUUUACAAGCAGAGUAACUUUUUACAAUUGAUACUUAAAGCAAGUUAACCAAAGAAUGUAGAUACAAGUACAUAAUAAGUCUCCACUGUAUUGUAUCUGCUCUUUUUUUAUCGUGACUGUUUGUACUUGGAGGCAGAGAUAAAUUCUGAUUUUUACCUUCUCUACUGUAAGCCCACCUCAGCAGAGAGGUUUCCUGGUGGGAAGCCAGUGAGGGUUGUCAUUAUUAAUGCUGCAUUAGUGACUCCUACUGGUUGGUUAAGGCACUGCACAGUGAUGUGUGAACUAUGGGUAAGGGAAAGAAUGAAUCUCACAAUAUAGCCACUAGUAGGAACUCAGAUUUAUAUAUUUAUUUUCAUUGGCAGUUGAGAAAAAAUAACUGGUGAAUAUCACUCAUGCAGUAUAUAAUAUGCAGACUGUAAGAUGUGGUUGACAGCUCCGAAAGCUAGAAAGUAGACCUUUGAUCCUGGAUUACUUUACUAUAGACACUGUUUCUAAAGGUCAAAAAUGAGUUUUUUUAAGCACAGAAAGUUUUAAAAACUACAGUCCAGAGAAAAGUGUCCAAAGUUUGAUAUCAUUUCAAGCUUUAUUUUUAUUAAUUAAUGUAAUUAAAUUUAAGUUGGGCGUCCAGAAGAUAACGUCUUAUUGAAUUGAGCAGUCUGUCUUUCUCUCACCUUGUCUUAGUGCUAUAAAACCUGUCCAAACUCAAGUGAGAGCCACAACUAUGAAAGCUGGUUAAUGUUUGAGGUGUUGCGUAAAAAAAAUAAUUGUGGAGGAAACUUUUUAUACCCAAAUAAAAGUAUGUGACUUCUG